CGGACGCUCUCCGUCUCCACACCGGGAGUGGGCUACAGGCCUUCAGAGCGUCCAGAGUCAGAGGAGUACUAGAGGAAAUCCUGCUGGCUCCUGCCCUCUCAUGCUGCCAUUGACAAGAUAAACAGAGAAGGCUUUAACCGCCUCCCAGACUAUAGACUUCUGCACAACGUGACCCUCCCUAUCGUAAGAGAUAUUUUCUACAGCGGGACACACCGACAACUUGUUUGCUGAUCAAAGUUAUCAAUAUGGACGUGCAAAAGAACACAGAGAGAGAGCACCUCGAUAGUUCUGUCUGAGAGGGAAGUAGCCUAUGUCCCACGUGUGAGACCAGCCCUCCCCCUUACAAAAAUAUAAUGGUAUCGGCGGGCAUGCAGCCAAGUGGAAUGCCGUUCGUUGACCUGCGGGUAUCUCUCACUUGCCGUUUAAACCCCUGUGCGUGUUUGGCCGUGAAGCUAAACAGUCGCGAAUAGGUGGUUCCUAUUAAGGUUGGCCUGAAACCGAAUUAAAACCACUCACACAACUUGUGACGCGUGUUCCUGAGUCCCCGCGGCACGAUGGCCGGGCUGCUCAGACAUCUGCGACAGAACAUCAGACUUGUGUCCUCUUUUGGAAAGUCUCAAACUAAAGGCGCAUAUUCUCAGAAAAGACAUCUCGCCUCUACCACGACGACCCUUUACGAUUGGCGCGCCGCGGAUGAGUAUGUUGAGAUCAGCCAUGGAGAUGCGGUGAUGCAGUUUGACUAUGUCUGGCUGCGGGAUACAUGUCGCUCUGCCGCCUCUUACAACCCCAAGACCAGCCAGAGAAUCCUCGACACAGCAAGUAUUGAUUUGAACAUCCGUCCUGCACAAACCAAGGUAACGGACGGGCACCUCUCACUCACAUGGCCAGACGGUCACGUGACCUCCUACAGUCUGAGCUGGUUGGCCGAGCACAGCCACCAGGUCAAAACGCGGACGGUGCUGCAGAACCGCGUGUUGUGGAACCGCGACACCUAUGACGCGGCGCAGGUGCCGUCCGCGCGCUGGGAAGAGUUCAUGAGCAGCGAGGCGGAACUCAGGAGCUUCGUGCAGAACUUUCUCCUCUACGGGAUCGCCUUCGUGGACGGCGUGCCGGCCAGCGUGGAGGCCACGGAGGCGGUGUCUGAGAGAGUCAGCAUCAUCAGGGAGACCCUGUACGGGAGGAUGUGGAGCUUCACCUCUGACCUGUCCCGGGGAGACACCGCCUACACCACCCAGGCGCUGGACAGACACACGGACACCACCUACCUCCACGAGCCCUGUGGGGUGCAGGUGUUCCACUGCCUGCAGCAUGACGGGACGGGGGGCCGCACGCUGCUGGUGGACGGGUUCCACGCGGCCCACAAGGUUCUGGAGGAGUCCCCGGAGAGCUUCCAGGUGCUCUGCCGCGUGCCCAUCAGGCACGAGAACAUCGAGGCCGAGGGGGGCCACCGGAACCACCUGGUGGGCACGGGGCCGGUGCUCAGCGCGCACCCCUGGAACCGGGAGCUCUACAUGAUCAGGUACAACAACUACGACCGCGCGCCGAUCGACACGGCGCCCCCGGAGGAGGUCCGGCGCUGGUACGCGGCUCACCGCCUGCUGACCGCCCGGCUGCGGGACCCCGGGAGCGAGCUCUGGGUCAAGCUGACGCCCGGGAGGGUGGUGUUCAUCGAUAACUGGCGCGUUCUGCACGGCAGGGAUUCCUUCACGGGCCUCCGGCGGGUGUGUGGCUGCUACCUGCCCCGCGACGACCUGCUCAGCACGGCCCGCGCCCUGGGCCUGCUCGCCUGACUGGGGGCCCUCCCCUGCACCCCCCGCUGCACCCACAACCACACCAUACACCACC